GGCGGGGCCACUGAGAACCGCUGGUUGCAGAUCACAUAUCAUCGCUGCCUUAUGCUGCCCACGCACUGCUCCUGCGCAGACACACACCCGUCCCUCGUCCCCCCAUACCAGUCGCCCACUCCCGACUUCCCGCAGCGCGACGACGUCUUUCUUCUUCGCCCUCGCUUCUAAUUCGAUCGAUCGAUCGACCUCCUCGAGCCCUCCUUCUCGACUUUCUCAGACAGAGAGUGAGAAAUGGCAGCCGUCGCCGCCAGAGCGUCAUGCUCGUUGGUCACCAGCGCGGGAGCGACAGCGGCCCCGCAGGCAGCGAAGAGGACAUCGGCCAAGGCCGGAGCGAGGAGGCUGAGUCUCUUCGGAGGGUUGAAGGCCGAGAACAAGGUCAUGGCCUUGGGACUGAGCGCCAGCACUGAGCAGAAGUUCGCCAGCUUGGCCACCAGCUGCUCCGCUCGAUCGAGGACCACCUGCACCGUGGGAAGCGAGAUUUUGACCAUCGUGCCCGUCAUGAGCGGUCUGGUGUUGGCCGGCAUUGCCAUCGGAUUCGUGUUGCUGCGAGUGGAAGCGGCAGUGGAGGAGUCAGAAUAGGAUUUUUGCCGCCAUUUUGCCAAUUGGAUUCCAUGUACCAAAGUUUGUACCUUACUCCGGAAGAUGAGCCUGUCAGCGCAAGCAGCUUGCAGUUGUAAAAAAGGUACACAGGAGCCGUCCUUCGCUGUAAUGGAAACCUUCAUCUCUCUGAUCUCUGUCACAUUAUAUUUGUAAUUGUAGAUGAUACUCGGAACAGGAUGGUUCGCGAAAUUUCGCGCAGUGUUGACCCUUUUGGCUUAUUUUUUGCCAUGAAUUCGACGAACAAAUCUUGCUGAGCUAAGACAGCAAGAAGUGUUUCAUCAUUAUCUCAGCACAGGGGAAACAUGAUUCUUUGGAAUUGGGACGGGAUGGUGUCAUGUUUCUUUCCAGGCAGUGAGUAGGCGCUAAUUUCACUGUCCGUCUGUCCAUCUGCAUAUAGAUCCGUCUGAUUGUAUUCA